AUGGCACAUGAGAACACUGAUACCGAGCAUGCAUUACAUCACAUUUGUUUCAAGAGUCAGAAUGACUAUCUUCGGCAAUGGGUCCCAAGGACCAAUAGAUAUCUCAGCAUACUCCUUGAACGAGAAGCUCCUGCCGACCGGUCUUGCAUCAUUUGUGGGACCGAUGGUGUCUACAAAUGUCACAACUGCUUCGGUGAGCCUCUAUUUUGCACAAAUUGUUGCAGGACGGAGCACCAGAGGCUGCCCUUCCAUAGGAUAAGUCAAUGGACAGGUGGUUUCUUCGAGGACUGUUGCCUGGUGAAGACUGGGCUAGUGAUUUCACUGGGGCACGGCGGAAAUGUGUGCCCACGCCAAAACUAUGGGGUCGAUGAUGCUGGUGAUGAAGGAUUUUUUGCUGCCGCCGACACCGACACCGACACCGACACCGACACCGACACCGACACCGACACCGACACUGAUGCCGAUGCUGAUGCCGAGCAUGCGACAACGCCAACAGCCAAUAUUAAUUCGUCAAAGAACCAUCACGAUCUGCCUACUGGAGUGCCAUUCAUAAAGAAUGACAAGACCAUGACAACAAUAGUGGACAAGUCUGGAGUACACACACACAUCAUCAAGUAUUGCAUAUGCGCCGAUGCCCCAAGCGUCGACCUACAGCUGUUUCAAUUGGGCUUGUUUCCUGCAUCCUUUACCCAACCAAAGACCGCAUUCACUUUCGAUGUAUUGGACGACUUCUUACUGGAUAAUUUGGAGUGCGGGACCUCGGCGAUGAAUUAUUACAGCAAGUUGAGGAGGAUGACAACCAAUGUCUUUCCGCAUUUGGUGCCGGACCGCUACCGGGAGCUCAUGCGAGUGGCAAGGCAGUGGCGGCAGCUGAAGCUAUUGAAAUGGAACGGCUUCGGCCACGAGGAAAAAGAUGUAAAACCCGGCGAUCUCGCUCUCUUCUGCCCGGCAUGUCCCCAGCCGGGAAUUAAUGUGACAUUGCCAACUGCAGAAGGCCCUGUGGAGAUCGAUACCACAUCAGAUCUGGAGACGCCGAGUUGGUUGUAUUCAAGAUCGCUGGUCAUGGAUGGCAACUUCAAAGCAGAGCAUAUGCAUGCGGCGAAUCCCAUUGAUGAAGUCCCCCUGAUGGAUGGACGCGGCUUCAUGGUUGGUGACAGCAAAUACAAGGCGCAUCUGUCUCUGGCAAAGGACGCCGCUCAAUGGUCCGAGUGCAACAACCACCACGCGGUGAAUCAAGCCAAUGCAUCCCGCCACAGACUGGAGGCAACCGGCAUCGGCGGUUGUGCCUGCACCAGGCAUGGCUGCUUCGUCCCGCAUGCAAUGGUGGAUUUUCAGAAGGGAGAAAGGCAGAUGAACAUGGACUAUGCUUUGUGUGAGGCAUUGAAGCACAACGCCGGUGGCAUCCGGCGCGCACUGACCUUUUAUGAUGUUAAUUGCCAGUACCAUAAGUAUCUGAAGGAUCGGGUAGCUGACAGCCCUUAUUUGCAAAUUCAAGAGGAGUUGGAGAUAAUACCGGGGAUAGGUCUAUGGCAUGUUCAUGGCCACCAAGACAGCUGCUAUGUUCGCUAUGCUUCUAACUUUAUUGCCGGCGCCGCCAGAAUUGACGGCGAGAUCAUGGAGACCCUUUGGGCGCCGUUGAACAUUAUCUCUCCUUCGGCGCAGGGGAUGGGGACCCCUCACCGCAAGGAGUGCCUGGAUUACCAAAUGAAUGAUUGCAAUUUCAUGAAAAUGAUCAGGAUGGGCAAGGCCCUUUGCCGGAAAUUCAGGCAAGCUGUUAAAGGGCUCGCCGACAGCAGGGAAGCCUUUGAGAAGCUGGAUCUGAGUGCCGACGAGAAAAAUGUCAGGGACUGGGGAGAGCAGGAGAGGAUGGCACAGGAACGGCGUAGCACCGAUCCAACGGCAAUGGACAUUUACGAGGUUCAACUUCAAAAAGAAGGGCUUUCAAUUGAGGAGGCACAGGUGACUCUCCACAUGGAUGUUCGAAAGCUAGGGCGGCGGCCGACGGAGAACCAACGAUUGGAGAUUGGGCGGCGUCGUGAGAGACUGCAAGGAGACAUUGACCAUUGGUCGGCGACAGCGGCGACCUUUGUCGGCGACGGGUUUGGUGAUGCCGACCUCAACAUCAUGGAACAUGAGCUGCUGAUCCUUCAAGAAGACUCAGAUGAUGAAACGGCUGAUGAAUUCAGACUGUUUGAGCCCGAAAAGGUUGUAAUACCACUGCCAUCCAAUCUGGGCCAGGGGAGAUGCGCCGAGCUCGGCGCCGCAGAUGUCAUCCAUCAAGAACGGGUUCUCCGGGAAGGACAAGCCAAUGACGCCUUGCACAACAUCAGAGUGCACCUGGCAGACAAGGCGGUCAUCUUCCGAAAGACUGUCAGAACGGCGAAGUCGCAAGCAAAGUCCACCAGAGCUUGGGCCCAGAUCCAUUCAGUGGACCGGGCAGUAAGCAUCAAUGCAAGCAUAUAUUCCAAGUGCCGGUCUCAACUCGGCAAGCUCGGCGCCGCCGACAUUUUACUGAACAGAUACCGGCCAUUGCUUAAAGAACAUCUCAAGAUCAGCACCGCCGUCGCCGAUCCCAAUGCCAGAGGGCAGAGAAACUCCAUGUUGGCUUGGUUCUGGUCUAUGGAUGUGGAGGGAGACUCUGAUAGCAGUGAUUGGUUGAAUGAAUUUUACCGGGUGCAUUGGCUCCGAGCCAAGGCUCUAAGAGACCGUUGGGAGGAGGAAAUGCUGCUUGUCCAGCAUGAAAUGAACUGGACAUGCAACUUCUUCUUGCACAAAGCCGAGCAAUGGAUCCAUCUGGCUAGCAUCGCCAAAGCCGCCGACAAGGUGGGACACCUUGCCUAUGCGGCGCGGCAGUGCAAAAUGUAUCAGCGGCUGUAUGUGGAUUCCCGGGAUGCAUUUGAAGUCUCAAAGGCGGCCCGGACCCAAUGA